AUGGCAUCUAAUUGGUCAAUUUAUACAACUCUUUUGACUAUGGAACCACUGGACAUAUUACCAUCUCAUGUUUUCCCUGCAUUCAUAUUUGGAACUCUUGCAUACUGUGCUAUUUUGGUUUUCAAUAUGACCGUAUUAUUAACAAUUGCUUUGAACAGGAAACUUCAUAAGCCUAUGUAUUUACUGUUAUUUAACUUGCCACUCAAUGAUAUGGUGGGUGCCACAGCCUUUUUCCCUCAGCUGGUGUCUAGUAUUUUGUCACAGAGUAGAUCCAUCACUUACUCUGCCUGCUUUGCUGAAGCAUUUCUGACACACCUGUAUGGAGCUGGUUCACUUCUCAUUCUCACUGCUAUGGCUUAUGACAGAUAUGUUGCCAUCUGUUGUCCGCUGAAAUAUAACACCUUGAUGUCUCCAAAUAACCUGUUGAAAAUAAUUAUUAUAAUGUGGACUUUAGAUUUUACUCUAAUUGGUUUAUUACUUGCACUGAACUACCGCAAAGAGAUUUGUUUCACAAACAUAGUAGACAUGUACUGCAAUAACCCUUCUUUAUUGAGGCUUAUAUGUGGGGAUAUACAGUUAAAUAGCUACUAUGGAUUGUUUAUAACUAUUUUUUUCCAAGGCCUGUCACUGCUGAUAGUGGUAUUUACAUACAUCAAAAUCUUAAUCACUGUUGUUUCUAAAAGACAGUUUGAUGCAAAGAGUAAAGCAAUUCAGACGUGUGGUACACACCUAAUUGUUUUCUUAUGCUUGGAGUUCAAUGCAUUCUUUGCUCUAAUUGCUCACCGACUUCCAAAUGUAUCUCCUUACAUAAGAAGGGCUUUAGGUGUUUCAGUAAUGGUAUUUCCUCCUUUUCUUAAUCCUCUAAUAUACGGACUGAAAACAAAGGAAAUCCGUCACAAUAUUUUAGAAUUCUUCCAAAAAAAAAUAUUCUAG